UUGCAAAAUCCUGGAUCCGCCCCUGUCUAUGCCUAUAAAAUAAAAUAUAAACUAUGUGAAACUGACUUGUGCAAAAGAUGCAGCACCUCAAUGUGUUACUAUUACUUUCAUUGGGAGUAUUGUUACAUUUUGGACUCUCUGAUGCAAUACAAUUUGGUCAAACUGUUCCUUUUCCUGGUACAGCAUGUUCUGGUGAUAGACUAGUACUUACUUGUACAACUGAUUCUGGUAUUCCUGGUGGUUUACUAAUAUGGGGACUAGAUAAUGAUCAAAGACCUCAAAUAACCAAUACUACUCAACCUCGUAAAGUAGGGCAUUUCUUAUAUCAGGUUACUGCUGUUAAUGGUACUGUAAUAACCAGCACUGCCACUAUUCAAUCAGUGAAUGUAUCACAUAAUGGAACUGUGAUUGGUUGUACAGACGCAUCUGGUUUUGCUACUGAUACCUUUGAUUAUGUAACUAUCAAUGUAGCAGGUCCACCAGUAUUACCAGUAUUACAUACAACAAUUGUACCAAUUGAUAAUAGUUCAUUAUUAAUUAGUUGGACAGAUACACAACAAUGUAUAAAUUAUUAUAAUAUCAUAAUCAUCAAUAAUGAAGAAUAUACUGAGAACAAUACUGUCAAUACAUCCUCAGCAACCAUUGGUUCUCUUAUUAUUGGUACUAAUUAUUCAUUUGUUAUUAUUCCUAUUGAUACUAUUGGAAGAGAAGGACCUCCUUCAUCAUUAAUACAGUAUAUAUGGAAUGUACCAGCUCAAGUUGUUAAUAUUAGUUGGGAUCAGAUAUCAACUGGUAGUAUUACAACAUGGUGGAAUAACAGUCAAGAUACUAAUAUGGAGCCUCCUGUUAAUAAUUAUACAAUAAAAUACAAUACUACUGGUCAAAUUACUCACAAUACUAAUAUUACUAUUACUGGAGUACCUCUUACUGAUACAAACUACACUGUUACUAUCAUUCCUGUUAAUGUUAUUGGAUAUGGACCAUCAGCUACUGUUAAUGUCGGUAUCACCAGUACUUCAACAAUUUUAAAGACAACAACUACUACAUCAGCUACAUCAACUAUUACUACUAGUAGCAUGAGUGCAUCAGAUUCAACAACAACUGCAUCAAGUGCUGUUCCAAUUAUAUCAGGAGCUAUUGUAGCAGUAUUUGUUAUAAUAAUGAUGAUCAUUACUCUAUCAAUAAUAAUACUGGUGUAUGCUAAAAGACACAGAAUAAAGAACAGAGAAAGUCAUACAGCAAAUGGUAAUAAAAAUGAGACUAAAGGAGUUACUGGUAGCUCAUACAGAAACAUUAAUAUUGAAUUACAACCUACUGAUCCUACUUAUGUUACUCCUACUACUAUAUGUACUCCAGCAGCUGCUUCUAUUGUAAGGACACUACACGAAGAUAGACCGCCUUCUUAUCUACCACCUCCUCCUACGGGUCAGUACAGUGUUCUUAGAGCUAGUGAUGAUGAUGAUACUCCCCCACCAGUACCAGCCUAUAAUCCUAAUGGAGGACAAGAAUACUCUGAACUGAAGAGAGAAGGAGAGAAAAAGAAUAAACAACAACAACAACAACAAGGAGCUGGUCCACUUUAUUCAACACUCAAUCAAGAUGAUGAUACUCCUCCUCCUGUCCCUCCUGCCUAUAAUCCUGAGGGAGUACAGGAAUACUCUGUAUUGAAGAGAGAGGGAGAGAAUAAGGGUCAACAGGGUCUGUCUACUGGUCCUACUGAACUAUAUUCAACCAUUAACAAGGACACUAACAACCAGGUGUUAGUUGAUGAAUCAGCUCAUAAGCCAGUGUAUGCUGAUCUGGCUAUUGCUGCUAAAGGGAAGAGACCACAGGCAGCACCAACACAAGAACAACCAGUGGUAUAUGCAUCAGUUAACAACAAAUCUGUUCCUCCUCCCAUUCCUCCUCCAGCUGCUCCUCAUAAAGUAUUGUAUGCUGAUCUAUCAAUAGCAGCUGGUAAGAGAACACCAAAGAAUAAACCACCCACUGAGGAAAGAGUAGUCCAUUCAUCAGUCAAUGGAAAUGUAAGCCAAUACACAUUAUAA